CAAAGCGAACAGAACCAGUGAUGAACUUUGUGCAUCAGGUGUGUCUACUUCUUCGUGUCUCUGAGGAAAAGCUGUACUGUAACACCGUCUCUUUAACGAGAUUUAAUGACACGACAUAAUGACAUCCAGCUCCUUGUGAAAGCCGUGACUGUGUGUACGUUUAAGCUAAGUAGUUAGCUAAGGAACAGUUUGUUCUCAGCUGUUGUUUUUUUUUUUGUCGUUUGUCUGCGUGUCUGUUUUAUCUCUUGUUAUUUUUGUUCACGUUACUUGAUUUAAAGUCCGUUCCGUAAAAUAAAAAAAUGCCGGUUUUCAGAAGUCAAAACCUGGCACUCAGAGCUGUAGAGAUGAUUAAGUUUGUAGCCAGAAAAGUGCACAAAGGUUCGAGUGAAAAGAAGAAGAAUCAUCGUGUGUGAACGUGUCUGGAUUAGUGUUGCUAACUGCAGGUUUAGUUCCAGAAUUAACUAUCAGAGUGCUUUCUGUCGGACACUGAACUGUACAAAUGACUUUAAUCGUUAGAGUUAGUGUUCAGUGAUUUUGGAGGUCAGGCUUCUAAAAGAUCUGGAACAGUGUCACUGUUGUAAGUUUGACCUUCUCACUGUCACUUCUCUCACUGUCACCAUCAGAGCCAUACACAUAGCAGCUGUGUCUCCUCCUACCUAUAAAUGUCUUACUCUACACCUCUCUCUCUCUCUCUCUCUCUCUCUCUCUCUCUCUCUCUCUCUGUCGUAUCGUGUUUCAUUGCUCUACUCACACUCUCACUGGGACGACUAACUACAGCUCCUGCGAUUCAUUAACAAAAUAACCCGAGGUGCCGAAACCCUUUUCGUCUGCCUGUCUGGGUUACGUCUCCGUCUCCGUCUCCGUCUGUCUUUUCAUUCCUCGUCCCUGUUUCUUUUUAUGACCGCAUUCUUGUUUAUGUCCCUCAUCUCUCCCGCUCCAUCUUUUCCUGCUGUUUGUUUGUUUUUAGUUUUUAGGUUUUUUCCCCAAGCAUUAUUCUUUCUCUUUCUUUUUGUACCUUCUUUCUAUCUGUCAUUUUCGCUUUUAUUCUCUCUCCCAGAAUCUGGUGCGCUGGAGGAUUAGAAUUGCAGUGGGGGCUGGUUGAGUUGGACAGAGCUGGAAAAAAAAAAACGCUGGUUUCAGCAGGCUGCCAUGCGGCAUGAAUGGACAGAGUGAGAGAGAGAGAGAGAGAGAGAGAGAGAGGCUAGAGGCAGACUGAAAGCUCACAGCUCAGCUUUGUUCUUGCUAAUCAGCAGCAGUGAGCUCCGGCUCUGCCUCUGAGAGGUUAAAUAAAUGAGGCUUUUACGAUAAUACAUGCGCCGAGACCGGUUCAUCAUGCCCUCUAGGCAGACUGGAUCACUGCAGCUCCAUCUGCUUUAGCUUCGAGGAAUCCCUGGCGCUCUUCUUUACGCUAGCAUGCGUAUCAGACAGAGAUGACGACAGGACAGUAGCAGCUUCAGACUCACCAGGAACACAAUCAGCCCAGGAUCGUAACAGAUCGUUUCUUUUGCGUGACGGAGUAACCUGAAUUUGGGAUUAUUAUUUUAUCUGCGUGGACGUGGAUGCUGAAGGGGACGGGGGUGGGGGGGUUCGCGUUUUUUUCCCCAAGCACCUAUGAGGUCGGAGCGAAUGAGCCGCGUGUGUAUCGUCGUCCUGGAGGAGGUGGAGGAAGACGAGCUCUCCUCUCUGCAUUCCAAAACAGCGCAGGACCACGUUUCCCAGCAUUCACCUCCCGAAGCCGACACUCAGGAAGAGAAGCCUUCGUUGUUGAAAGCCAUCUUUAAUGUGGAUCCAGAUGAAGUUCGCGCUCUCAUAUUCAAAAAGGAAGAUGUCAACGUCCAGGAUAACGAGAAGAGGACUCCCCUCCACGCUGCUGCCUACUUGGGUGACGCUGAGAUCAUCGAACUUCUCAUUCUGUCAGGAGCAAGAGUAAAUGCCAAAGAUAAUAAGUGGCUGACUCCUCUUCAUCGUGCUGUUGCCUCCUGCAGUGAGGAGGCAGUUCAGGUGCUGCUGAAACACUCGGCUGAUGUGAAUGCUCGGGAUAAGAACUGGCAGACUCCACUGCACGUGGCAGCAUCUAACAAAGCAGUGCGCUGUGCCGAGGCUCUUGUUCCCCUGCUCAGCAACGUGAACGUGUCAGACCGCGCAGGACGCACCCCUCUGCAUCACGCUGCCUUCAGCGGACAUCUCGAGAUGGUGAAGCUUCUGCUGUCCAGAGGAGCCAAUAUCAAUGCGUUUGAUAAGAAGGACAGGAGAGCUAUCCACUGGGCUGCAUAUAUGGGUCAUAUGGAGGUGGUGCGCUUGUUGGUGUCUCACGGUGCUGAGGUGGUGUGUAAGGAUAAGAAGGGCUAUACGCCGCUCCACGCUGCAGCUUCUAGUGGAAUGAUCAGCGUGGUGAAAUACCUACUGGAUCUGGGCAUCGAGAUCAACGAACCGAACGCGUAUGGAAACACUCCUCUGCACGUGGCGUGCUACAACGGUCAGGACGUGGUAGUGAACGAGUUAAUUGAAUCCGGCGCUAACGUCAACCAGGUGAACGAGAAGGGCUUUGCACCGCUGCACUUUACCGCUGCCUCUCGCCAGGGAGCGCUUUGCCUGGAACUGCUAGUGGGAAACGGAGCAGAUGUCAAUAUCAAGAGUAAAGAUGGGAAGACGCCCCUCCACAUGGCCGCCAUUCACGGCAGGUUCUCCAGAUCUCAGGCUGUCAUUCAGAAUGGAGCUGAGAUUGACUCUGAGGAUAAGAAUGGAAACUCCCCUCUGCACAUAGCAGCUCGAUACGGCCACGAGCUCCUCAUCAACACCCUCAUGAGCAACGGCGCCGAUGUAGCCAAGCGGGGAAUCCAUGGCAUGUUUCCUCUUCACCUUGCUGCACUAAGUGGCUUCUCUGACUGUUGUCGGAAACUUCUCUCCUCCGGUUUUGACAUCGAUGCCCCAGAUGACUUUGGCAGAACGUGUUUACAUGCGGCUGCAGCAGGAGGAAACCUCGACUGUUUAAAUCUUCUGCUCAACGCUGGGGCGGAUUUCAACCGGAAGGACAGAUUCGGAAGAACACCACUGCACUACGCAGCAGCUAACUGUAAUUAUCAGUGCCUGUUUGCACUAGUGGGCUCAGGGGCCAGUGUGAACGACACAGACAUGAGAGGCUGCAGCCCUCUGCACUACACUGCAGCCUCAGACAGCGACGCCAAGUGUUUGGAGUAUUUAUUGCGUAAUGAUGCUAAUCCAGGGAUCAGAGAUAAACAGGGCUAUAAUGCAGUGCACUACGCCUCAGCCUACGGUCACCGCCUCUGCCUCGAACUGAUUGCCAGUGAAACUCCUUUGGAUGUGCUUAUGGAGACAUCUGGGACCGAUAUCCUGAAUGACACAGAUGUCCAGGCUCCCAUCAGUCCUUUGCACUUAGCAGGUUACCACGGUCACCAUCAUGCUCUGGAGGUGCUGGUUCAGUCACUAUUGGACCUGGACGUGCGGACCGUGCACGGACACACGCCGCUAGACCUGGCUGCAUUUAAAGGCCACGUGGAGUGUGUUGAUGUGCUCAUUAACCAGGGAGCCUCCAUCCUGCUUAAGGAUUACACACACAAAAGAACCCCCAUCCAUGCUGCAGCCAUGAACGGUCACGCAGAAUGUCUCCGUCUCCUCAUCAGCAACGCUGGCCAGCCCUCGGCCGUCGACAUCCACGACGGGAACGGACAAACUCCACUGAUGCUGGCGGUGCUGAACGGACACACCGAUUGUGUCUACCUUCUGAUCAGCAAAGGAGCCAACGUGGGUGCCAGAGACAAGUGGGGCAGGACGGCUCUUCACCGCGGGGCGGUGACGGGGCAUGAGGCAUGUGUGGAGGCACUGUUGCAACAUGGGGCCAGUGUGAGUGUGCGAGACAGUAGAGGGCGCUCAGCCAUGCACCUUGCGGCAGCAUGUGGUCACAUUGCGGUGCUGGGGUCUCUACUGCAGGCUGCACACUCCCAAAACAUCAUGCCGGUCAUCAUGGACCGCUGUGGAUACACCCCGCUCCACUGGGCCUGCUACAACGGACACGAUACGUGUGUGGAGGCUCUGUUAGAACAAGAGGCGUUCCAUAGGAUGGAGGGCAACUCUUUCAGUCCGCUUCAUUGUGCCGUAAUCAGUGAUAAUGAAGGUUCAGCUGAGCUGCUGAUUGACACACUCGGUCCUGCCAUUGUUAACGCUACAGACUCCAAAUCCAGGACGCCUCUACAUGCUGCAGCCUACACCGACCAUGUGGAAUGUCUCCAGCUGCUGCUCGGUCACAACGCUCAGGUGAACGCCAUCGACGCUCUGGGCAAAACACCCCUGAUGAUGGCGGCUGAGAACGGCCAGACUAACGCCGUGGAGGUGCUGGUGAGUAAAGCGAAGGCGGACCUCACUCUUCAAGAUGCGAACAAGAACACAGCCCUACACUUAGCCUGCAGCAAGGGGCAUGAAACCAGUGCCUUGUUAAUAUUGGAGAAGGUCACAGACAGGAACCUUAUCAACGCCACUAACUCCGCUCUACAGACGCCGCUGCAUGUUGCUGCACGUAACGGACUUGCAGUUGUGGUGCAGGAGCUGUUGGGCAAAGGAGCGAGUGUCCUGGCUGUGGAUGAAAACGGUUACACUCCAGCUUUAGCCUGUGCUCCGAACAAAGAUGUGGCCGACUGCCUGGCGUUGAUCCUGGCCACCAUGAUGCCCGUGUCCCCUGCCAGCACCGGCACUGUCACAGGCCUCACCUUCAGUGCUAUAAACCACUACUGUAGCCCUUCCAAAACUGUAACCUUUGACCCUUUACCUGGCUUGCGCUCUGGGCAUCCGUCUUACUGCAGCUUCAACAGCCUGGGACGUGAAGAUGGCCUCGUCAUUCACGAUGAAGAAUUUAACGACUCCGAUUCAGAGACUUACUGAGGACUUGGGCUCAUCUCUGUGCUGAAGAUCGGUCGGUACCCGAGUGCCUGGAGAACGCUGAAGACCCGAACGCUGUUGCUGAAUCACAUUAAAGGGGAUUUAGUGCUGUUUCCUUGCUGUGGAACGAGAAAUGUGACGCUACAAUCUGAAUUUAAGACAUACAGAUGUAAGAUAUACAGACUCGGUAUAGAAGCAAAUGAAAUAUCAUUCUUUGCUUUGAAUUUGUUUUCAACUCCAAUUUUAUAAUAAGACGGUGCAGAAAAUUUGGCCGCACAAUCAAUUUCAAAUCUGCUCACUUUUCUAAACACUACUGUAUGGCGUUUAUUAGACAUUUUUCUGAAUUUCUCUGAAAAUGGAAUUGUAAACUCUUGAAUUUUGAAUUUCGUGAGCUGCAGAAGAGCAAACCGAAACCGAAUGUCAUGUUUAAAGACCAUUCUGAAGAAGGGUGUAUAUAAUAAAUUUCACUUGUUCAGUA